UCUGUUUGUUUCGCAAAAACGCGGGCUUUAUUAACUUUCCAUAUUGAUUUUUCAUUACUCAACACGAUUCAGUUUCCAGACGGUUUUCCCUAGUGAGUGUCAAGAACUGUUUAUGCGAUUGUGGUUCAAAUAUAUUUGUAUGACUGUGGCUUAAGAUCUAUUUUGUAUUUUGUUUAUAACUCAAUAUUAUUUAUUAUCUAUGCUGUAGUCUAAUAAUUUAAACACAUUAAGAGAAUUAUUCUGUUAUUCUAUUACAAAUUUUCGAAAAUAUAAAAUAUGUCAAUGAAACAUCUGGGCAAGAAAUUAUAUUACAUACCAAGACCUACACGAUGGACAAAAGGAAUUGGUGCAGCAUUACCAGAAGAAUAUAAAAAGUUUUGGAAAGAAUGGAAAAUGCAAACACCAUCUGCUGUUCACUAUAUAGAGCAAAAAGGCAGAUACGUAAAAAAUGAAAAAACAGAAGAAGUAUAUCCAGUUCAAAAUGUACCAUUACCCUUAUUAUAUCCUAAGGAAUUCCAUGAAGGAAUAUGGGGUGGUGAAGCUAUCAUACAAGGUUUUACAAAGAAGCACAAAUUUGCUCGCAGAUACCCUCACUUUUGGUUUCCUACUCUUAAAAAGUCUGUAGUUUAUAGUGAAGUUCUAGAUAAAUACAUAAGUGUUGUUGUUACCAAUAGGACUAUUGAUUUAAUAAAUGACCAUUAUGGUUUUGAUCAUUAUUUGUUAAAGACUCCUGCCUAUGAUUUAAAGUCUGAGCUUGCACUAAAAAUAAAACGUCAGAUACUUUUGUCACUGCUUGAUAAAACAUUAUAUCCAGAUGAUCCUGUUAAAAAAGAAGAAAUUUAUAAUAAAUAUAAAGAAUAUUUAACAGCUUAUACACGAGGUGAAAUUGAAUGGUAUGGUUUAACAUAUAAGGAAGCUUGUCAAAAAUUCAUAAAACAAAAUGAAGAUAAAAACGAAGUGAAACCUUUAAAACUUCAAUACAGGUCUGAGUUAAUUGCCCAACUUAAGGAAGAAGGAAGUCAGAUAGCUGCAGAGAAACCUUCAAAAUGGAAGCUACCCUGGAGUCCUUUCACUUCUUUAAAAUCGAAUUAAUAAGUAUAUUAUAUUGUUGUACAUUAUAAAUAAAAAAUAUGAGGUAGUUAAUUCACAA